CCGGCCCCGGCUCCGGCCCCUCCCGCCGCCGCUUCCGCUUCCUGGGCACUGCUACAUUGUGUCCCGGCCCGGCCCGGCCCGGCCCGGCCAUGGCCGAGACACACAUCGACCAGUCCAAGCUGCCCGGCGUCAAGGAGGUGUGCCGAGACUUCGCGGUGCUAGAGGAUCACACCCUGGCCCACAGUCUGCAGGAGCAGGAGAUCGAGCAUCACUUGGCGACGAACAUCCAGCGCAACCGCCUGGUCAAACACGACUUGCAGGUGGCCAAGCAGCUGCAAGAGGAGGAGGAUCUGAAAGCGCGCGCUCAGAUCCAGAAGCACCGGAAAGACAUAGAACGGCAAGAUUGUGAGAUUGCCCAGGAAAUCCAAGUGAAACUGGUCAUCGAAGCCGAGCAGCGGCGCAGGCAGGAGGAGAAAGAUGAGGACAUUGCCCGCAUCCUGCAGGAGAAGUUGCUGCUGGAAGACAAGAAGCGGAAAAAGCCAGAGCCGCAGGGACACAAGGCUUACGAGAACAGCUACUAUGCAGAGAACGGAGAUUGCACGCGGGACACCCCCCGAGGGCCAGCCUCCGAGCCCGCGAGGCCCCGCAGACCCCGCAGUGGCAAUAGGCACCAGCACAGAGAGCAUCCCAGGGAAACUCGGGCUCUGCCGGGCGACGGUGCCGAGCUCGAGCAUCCGUCCUUGGAGGACCCUCACCCGGGAAGGACGUGGGACAGCCAGCCGUGCAGCAGAGAGAUGCGGGAAAGGAAACCGGGGAGCCAGGAGAGGUCCAGACGACCUCGCAGCCCUGGCCAGGACAGAGAGGCUGAAUACGCAUCCCUGGGGCACAGCAGGAGCUGGGAGCCCUCAGACAGGAAGGGACGCAGGGAGGAGAAGACCUCCAGGCCGCAUAGCCUGAACCUGGACGCAGAGGCUGAGCCCCCGAACCGGGAGCCGCGAGAAAGGAAGCCGUCGCGGCCGGACAGAGAGAAGAGGCUACCCAGCUUCGACGUCGACUUGGAAGCGGAGCAGGGAGCGUGGAAACACGGGAGCAAGCAUUCCCCGCGCCCGGAAAGCCGCCGGGCCCAGCGCCAGGGGCUCACGGCUCCUCGCGACACGAGGCUCGGCGACUCCGAGGAGUCUCAGCAGCACGAUCGCAGGAGGGGCGAGGAGAGGGAGCAGAGGAAAGCCGGGCGGAGGCCCAGGGCAUCCCCUUCUCCCCAUGCCGAGACCCGGGAGCGGGGUAGAGACCGCUGCCGAGACCCAGGAAUGAAGCCGAGAGGGACGAAACAGGCAACCUACGACAAGCCCCGGCUGGAUCCCAGGGAACAGGAGCUGUACGAUGCCGAGAUCGCGAGGAAGCUGCAAGAAGAGGAACUCCUGGCCAACCGGGUGGAUCAGAGGGCAGCUCAAGUAGCCCAAGAUGAGGAAAUCGCCCGUCUGCUGAUGGCUGAGGAGAAGAAGAAGGUCUACAGGAAAUCAAGGGAGAGAGAGAAACCCUCUUACGAGAAGAAAAGGCAAGACCAAGACUGGAAGGAUCCCAGCGAAUCUGUGCGGCCAAGAUCGAGAGAAGGCCACGAAGCCCAGAGGCACAAGACUGCACGGCCCCCCCCUCCCCUGGAGGACUUCGACCAGGCUUGUUUCCCAAGCCAACCCAGCGCCGGGCAUCAGCUUUGCAAACCCGAGCAGUCUCAUAAAGGUCCCCAUCACAGGCAGUGACGAGCGUGACUUCGCAUUGGUACCGGUUUCCUUCUGCAGCAAGCAUGGCUGGAGUCCCAGGAGGCUGCCCUAGAGCCCUGUCCCCAGGAUCCCUCCGUCUCACGUGUCAUCACAUUAGUAUCUCGCGUCUCUCCCUGCCGGGCUCCCAGCUGCAGCACCGCAGCACAAUGUACUUGCUACCCCAUGGACCGGCGGUUCGUGCUGUGCUCAGCUAGCCGAUCUGCUAGCUCUCCAGAGUCUCUCAUGUCCCUCGUUGCAUGAAGCUGCUGCUCUUGCAGGUCUCUCUUUCCGAGACGAAUGCAGCUGGGGAAAGAUCCCAGGUGCGAGGCGGGUUACGACAAUGCAGCAACGCCACCACAUAGGAGCCCUUUCGAUGUGUGCAAGGCAAAGAUGACCUUUAGCUUUCUCUUCUAAGCAGCGAUCACCUCUCUGUGCCCUGCGUGAGAAGCCCAGGCCAGCCCUCUAUAAAGCAAGUGAAAUUGUCCAUGUGCAUGUGUGAGAAGCCCAGGCCAAACCUAUAGAAAGCAAGUGAAAUUGUCCAUAUGCAUUAACAGGAAGGAGAGCAGGGUUUUGGAAAUGCACCAGCAGCAAGCUUGGGCUUGAGCCUUUUGGGGAGACCCCUGUUUUAUGUUUAAGUCCCGGCUCUGCUCUUGCUUCUGGAUGCCCUAAGCUCUGUUUGGGUGAAGCGCACAACAUCGUAUCAGGUCCAAGAGCAAUGCCUGCGUAUGAGGUGGUAUCUAUAAGCCUCAUGCACAUUGCAUUGAAGGACCUCCCCAUUUCUGGGUGCAGGAGUGAGCGGCAGAGCCGGAAAGGUGGCACCUUUGUAGCUAUGAAGGUGAUCAUCUAGUCUGACCCUGCACAGAGCGGGCCAGUCUUUGUCACCCAUCACAGGGGCAGUUGUUCGUUCUCGCUAGGACGCUUGAGCCCAGCUGGACUCAAACACAUGUCCGGAGAGAUACCCCAUCUCUGAAAGACUCCCAAGACAUACUGACGGCUUCUCUUGCCGGGGUUAGACGUGUCUUGUGUAGAUAUAAGGCACCCGUGAGGACAACUUCCUUAUCAAGACUUGCUUUUCCCCCUGCCUAUGAAGCCCCCGAAAGGAGUGUGCUUUCCUGCCUCCUCUCCUUACACACCUUCCCUGGCACUUGUGUUUUCACCAGUGGUUUUUCAGUGAGCAGAAAGCUUGGGGUUUUGGUGGGCGAAGUCUUCUUUUGGACCCACUGCAGGAUUGGCAUAGGUUUGGACAGGCUUUCAAAGGCAGCACCUCCAAAAGGACUGUUUUGAAUGGGCCGUGGCAGCGACAACAUCCCUCCGAAGCUGAGCAGAGGUGCUCGGCGCUACUUCGGACCCUGGCCAGCCUUCGGGGUCUUACGGGCAGCCCAGCCAUUGCAGGCAGCUGGAGGAGGGUCCUGAUGUUACAGUCCAAGGCAGGGGUGCUCUGCACCGAACCCCUGCCAGCGGCACUGCCCGACGGCCAGGGUAACUGGGCACAUCAAGGAAGCAGAGUCUAGGCUCAAUUCACUCCCCAAUCCUCCCGCUCGCCUGCCUGAGGGGUGCAGCCCACAGGAGCUCUGCAAAGCUGGCUUCCCUAUGCCCCGAGCUAGGCCAUGGGGAAAGGCGUAAUUAUGGCUCUUCCAUUGCACCUUGCCCCCCAGGCCGCACCUUCCCCAGGGAAAAAGCUGCGUGAAUUCAGGGUAGUUGAUCGAUAUGGGAGAGCUACAGGCUGUCUUUGCCUCCGCUUGGGUGUCCCCACCUGCUAGCACACGAGAAAACGUAACUCGUCCCCUCGUUGCAGCAUCACGCCGUGGGGUUUUCUGCAUUGUCGGUAUCCCGCGUGCAAGGGAGUCGCGGAUGCAUGCCUCCAGGGCAACCCCCCCCGCCUCUCUGAAGGGACUCUGAAGUAUAUGAGCUCUUUCUUGCUUUCUUUUUCUCAGGAGAUCCCCCAGCCCAUGGCUCAAUUUUACUGCCCUGGCUUCAUCCUCUUGAAUUUCCCCAGGUCUGUCCAUCCAGCAGCAUCCGUGUUAUUUUACAGGGGUGAGGGGAGGAAUCCCAAGACGCACAGUCCGUUUUAAUUUGAGCCUUUGGGCCAGCAUGCCGGUGUCCUUUGCAAGGAGCGUGUUAUAAAUGUUUAUUUUUCUACUUCGUGGAACAGGCAAUAGUUUUACUUCUGGAAAGGCCAUUUCUGCUGCCUUUUUGUUUCCGUGCAUAAUCCGUCCGGCUGUGAGAUGGACCAGGACAGGGGGAAGUUGUGUCCCGUGCCUCAACUGAUGCUGGAACUUGAUCUCAUCCCGAUUUAGGAAAGGCUUGGAGGGACUGAGGCUGCUCAGAGGCAAAGACCCAAAUGAACAUACUUCCUUGCAUACAACGCACCCUUGGAUAUAAUACACAUGCCUUGUUUUUGAAAGGCAGAACGAAGAGAAAAAGAUUUUUCCAGGAGUUAUAGCUGCCUAGAGCAAGGGCAGAGCCUCAUCUUUGGCUGAUCCACCCUCCUUUUCCAGCUUAACUAAGGCUGAAUCUCUAGUUGCUGUUGAAGAUCGGUCUCCAUGCAUGGAUCUAUGAUUCCUGAAAAGAGCUGAUAAGUCUGAACUAAAGAGGCUGUGAUUUAAACCGGGAGCAGAUAGCGGACAGCAAAAUUGCCCCAGGAAUGGUUAUCUCAAUCCGUGGAACAUCAAGAACAUUAAAAAGGAAGUGAUGGUCAUUAAUAACAUCUGUCGAGUGGAGAACAACGGGCCAUCAACAAAAUUGACUUCCUCAGUUGUCCAAAUAGUAAUGCCACACCUGCUGCGCUGUGGGGCAGGAUCUAAUCAGGGUGCUUCCAACCCUGGGGCAGAAAAUCAGCUUCCCUGCUUAAUGCACGCAGCCCAGUUUUGGAGGGAGCCUGAUUUCUCGGGUGGGGAAAGUGUGAUAUAUGAGAAAAUACAACGUAGAGCUGGGCGCUCCAGCACGUGGGCAAGUCCCGACGGCCUCCAGCGGGCUUUGGCCUGGUCUACACCGCAUUUUGCCUGCCCCACUCAGCGUGUCCAUGCCCAAAGCUGUCUUCACGUGGGCUCAAUGUCAAGUGCCAAAGUCCUUCCCACCUUCCUCCUCCUUCCAGCACGAGUCGAGGCUGCCUGAGGUCCAAGGACCCGGCCCUGCUCCUGCCGAUGUCCAUAGGAGUUGGGUAGGUCCUGAUUUCAUGGAGGGGCAAGGCUUUCCUUUGCUGCGGGACUCGGCAUCCUGGCUCUGUUUUGCCGACAGAGCAGACAACACAGAUGCCAGAGGCAACGUGAGCACCAGCAUUAGGGAUCCUAGUGUGCAAGUUUAGGGUUUUUAUUAUUAUUAAUUUUUAAUUGAUUUAAAAAAGAUGCACCCAGAGCAGUGUGCUCCUGGAAAGCCACCAGAUGCCCUUUUCUCUCACCCAGCCGGAGCCGCUGGGCUUGCGGCUUGCUCAGGAUUGAAGCGUGCCAGCCAGUGCCCCCUUCGAAAAAGCCAAUGACUUUUGGUUCCCACCUCCGCUCCACGACCAAGAAGCCCAUCGCCAACCUGCGUCCCCCGUGCUGCCCACGACUGCUAUUCGCAGGGCUCGCACCGCGAUGCUCUCUCCAUCUCCCGGCCGAAGCACGGCAGUCCCAGCGCUCUCCGAGGGAGGAACUGUGCCUUAAACCCAGGGGUCCUCCGUUUCCUUCCACCGUCCGGUCCAAGUCGCCUCGCUGGGAAACGCAUCGGAUCUGCCGUCUCGAUCCACGGGCUGCACAGCUGCCGGGAGCAGAGGGAACCGAGGAUGUCGGCAGGAGAUGGGGCCUGUGGGUUUGACCUCAUGGCUUUUAAAGGACUUUCGGGGCAGGGGGGUCUGUUUUUAAUGGCUCGGUUCUUUUUUUAUCGCUGGAUUUCUCUCCUGGGGAAGGAAGAAGCGGCAGAUGCUGCUGUUUGCUUGCUUAGUGCUCUCAAAGGACCUCGUACUACAGUAUUUUUUCCAUCGCCGCUUUCCUGCCUCCUGGCACUGGAUUCGGGUAUAUCCUUCACUUUUCAUAGGAAAAAGCAAAUGACUUUUUUUUUUUUACCGGCUGAGACCUUGGUGAAUUUUGUUUUGUGCCAAACAAGACCAGCGGUUACAGCACGGGGCGUUCGUCCGAUGGACAUGCGUGUUGCUGCUGCUGUUACUUGUGUUAAUAUUUUAUUAAGGGUUCAAUGCGUAGCGAAGGCUACCUUGCAGGCAGUCGAAUCGAGGUUUGCAGAUCGCUGGCUCACAAGAAGGGCCACCUCCUCGUGCGGUGCAUCCCCCCGGGCGCCGGCAGAGCCAGCGCAGCUGUGGCUGUGCUGAAGUAUUGCAGAGGACGGCCCAGAUUAGAUGGGGGGCUGCAUUUUGCUUUGGUCCAUGGGCCCUGCGUGCCGCUGGCUCUCUCCAAGCAGAGUUGCACCAAGCAGGGAUGGGUUUCCGCAGACCUGCGGACGGGCCCCGCUUUGCCCAGAGCUGCAAGCUCCCCGGGGCAUCCAGCAUGCAACGGCUCUUGCUCUCUCUGAAUGUCGCUGCUGCGGAGGGAGAUGCAUGGGCAGCACUGAUGGGUUUUAUUCUUUAACAGGAGGUUCAAGACUGGGCAGCCGGGUGCUCGCAAGAGGUGUUUUUAAUCCCCAGGCCAUCGGUUUAUUUUUUGCAGAGACACCACCCCGAGUGCGUGGCUUUCUGGUCCCUUCAGGGUGGCUGUAGCGAUGGUCCAACAGGCCUAGGACACAGCUGCUCAUGCCCUGCCCUGGCUUUCAAGGUGUUCCUGUUCACUACCAUACAACACCCAGUUCAGGUUAAUCCAGCAAGGCACAUUGGCACAACCAGCCAGCUCACUCGUAUUUUCUACUUCACGCUAAAAGCGAGUUUUCACUGUAUCAGUGUUCACUAUAAGUAGACUCCUCCGCGUGUCUCCGACUGUACCCGUGCACUGCAAUACAGCCGACCCUUCCAGGAAAUACCGGGGGUCUAAUGUAGCCCUGCCGGGGUCAACUUCCAGCCUGGUGCAUGGAGGGGUGAGCCGUGCCAUGGGGGUUGCUCCAUCCCGUGGGCGCUUCCUCCGAGCUGCAAGGUUCCCCCGCAUCACGAUGGCUGACUGUAUAUUGCACACUGAUUGUGAUCCCUCUAUGCAAACCUGUUCUGUUUUGACUGUUCAUCCUGUCAUGUUAAUCAGGUUUAACAUAGGACUUUGGGAGGAUGUGUAACCAAAGCAUCCUGUGUGCUUGUGUAGAGCCUGCUUUGCUUCAUCUUCUUGAAUCCAUUGAAUGUAAAGGGAGCACCGCCUCGCCCGCCUUGUUCAAUAAAUCAUAGUCGCUCAUUAUCCACCGCAUCCGCUGGCUUCUCCAUCCUAGCUCCGUUCAUCCUCAUCUUUUAAUUUGAUUUUAUUUUUUUGGGUGCUUAGCUCAUUAUACCAAUAAUGAUGUUCUUCCAGUUCUACUAGAUGUAGCAAAAGAGUGGUUUAUAUUUUAACUCGAUUGUACCACGUUCAGACAGGGCUGUGACACGUCCUGGAAGAAAUCUGGACGGUUUUCACUUGCUGAGACGUGCUCCUGACAAAUAAAGCAGUGUAAUUAUUUGCAA